AUGGCAUUGCUUCUGUGGCUAGCGUCCCAGAUGUCAUCCAUCUGGAGCAACAUCUCUAUACUGGGAGUUUUUCUUACAGUCUUUACUUUAGCACUUGACUUCAUGAAGCGCAGGAGGAAGUGGAGGCACUACCCACCAGGCCCAGUGUCGCUGCCAUUCGUUGGGACUAUGCUCUCUGUUGACUUCAGCAAACCCGUCCACUCUUUCAACCAGCUUCAGAAAAAGUUUGGAAAUAUCUUCAAUCUCCAGAACUGCUGGACCAACCUGGUGGUACUGAGUGGGUAUAAAGCAGUGAAGGAAGCUCUGGUCCACAAGGCAGAGGACUUUGCUGACCGGCCGUACUUUCCGAUGUUCGAACACGUGGGCUACAGAAAGGAAGCUGAAGGGAUUGUUGUAGCAAGAUACGGGCAUGUCUGGAAGGAGCAAAGGAAAUUCACGCUCACUACCUUGAGGAACUUCGGGAUGGGAAAGACAUCCUUGGAGGAGCGAGUGACAGAGGAAGCUGGAUUUCUUUGUUCUGAAAUCAAGUCUGAAGCAGGUCAUUCUUUAGAUCUACAUUUUCUUAUAAAUAAUGCAGUCUGCAACGUGAUCUGCACCAUCGUCUUUGGAGAGCGUUUCAACUACAGCGAUGAGACAUUCGUCAAGCUGUUACGCUUGCUUGAAAAUUCCCUCAAGGAACAAACUGGAUUCCUGCCUCAGCUUCUCAACGAGGUGCCCAUUUUGCUGCGCAUCCCUGGAGUGCCACAGAAAGUCUUUCGAGACGUAAGGGCAUUCAUGGACUUCAUAGAUGUGCUCAUAGACAAGCACAUGGAGUCGUGGGACCCUGAUCACACCCGAGAUUUCAUAGAUGUGUUUUUAAAGGAAAUGAAGGGUAAGGCAGCUGAAGAGAAUGGUUUCCACUAUAGCAACCUUCGUAUGGUGGCCGCAGACUUGUUUGUAGCUGGUUCUGAGACCACCUCCACCACUCUCCGGUGGGCAUUGCUGUAUAUGCUUCUCCACCCAGAAAUACAGAGUAAGGUCCAAGCCGAGAUUGAUAAGGUGAUUGGCAGAGAGAGACGACCCACCAUGAAGGACCAAGUGAACAUGCCUUACACUAAUGCUGUGAUCCAUGAGGUGCAACGCUUUGGGGAUAUUCUUCCUGUGGGACUACCCCACAUGACGUACCGGGACACUGAGCUGCAAGGCUUCUUCAUUCCCAAGGGGACGACAGUCAUUACGAACUUGUCUUCCGUGCUGAAGGAUGAGACAGUCUGGAAGAAGCCAAAUGAAUUUUACCCUGAACACUUCCUGGAUGCGGAUGGGAAGUUUGUGAAACCAGAAGCCUUUCUGCCUUUCUCAGCAGGUCGCCGUGUUUGUCUAGGAGAACAGCUGGCCAAGAUGGAGCUCUUCCUUUUCUUUACCACUCUCCUGCAGAAGUUCACCUUCGUGCUCCCUGAGGACCAGCCCAGGCCACGAGAGGAUGGUUGCUUUGCUUUCACCAGCUCCCCACACCCAUACCUGGUGCGAGCUGUCCCAAGAUAA